AUGCUUGAAAGAUGGAUGUUGGAAGAUGAGGAUGGUGAUUAUGAUGAUGAACUUGGUUUGUUUGAUGUGCCUAUUACUGAGAGAUUGAGUCAUAGAACAGAUCGAGGAGCAGGAUGGCAACAUGUUCAACAACUUAUGUAUGAAUCUGAUCAGCAAUGUUAUGACAUUCUUCGAAUGAAUCAAAGGACUUUUGAAAUUUUGUGCAAGAUGCUAGCUGAGCGGUAUGGAUUGAAAGAGACUCACCAUGUCUACCUUGAGGAAUCUGUUGCGAUGUUUCUCGAGACUGUUGGUCAAGAUAAGACUAUGCGGGAUAUUCCUGCAAGGUAUCAAAGAUCAUUGGAUACGGUCCAACGGAAGCUUGAUGAUGUUUUGAGUGCUAUUCUGAAGUUUGCGGAGGAUACAUUAAGACCACAAGAAGGCGAGUUUGGAAGAGUAAGUCAUGUUUUGAGGAAUGAUGAUCGGUAUUGGCCUCAUUUCAGAGAUUGUGUUGGAGCACUUGAUGGAACUCAUGUGUCGGUUCGUACUACAAGUCAAAAUGCAGAAGCAUAUAAUGGCAGAAAAGGAGUUAGAAUGAAUGUUCUUGCUAUAUGUAACUUCGACAUGAAAUUCAUAUACGCAUAUCUCGGUGUACCUGGUAGAGCACAUGAUACAAAGGUCUUGACUCAUUGUACGAGGAAUGAGGCUUCUUUCCCACAUCCUCCUCCUGGAAAGUAUUAUCUAGUUGACUCAGGAUAUCCGACCAGGACGGAGUAUCUUGGUCCGCAUCGUAGUAUGCGAUAUCAUCUUGGUCAGUUUGCUAGAGGAGGACCACCAGUUAGUGCACGAGAGUUGUUCAACCGAAAGCAUUCAGGAUUGCGAUCGGUGAUUGAGACGACAUUUGGAGUAUGGAAAGAAAAAUGGAGGAUUUUGGAUCGUCAGCAUCCAAAGUAUGGUUUGGUCAAGUGGAUUAAGCUCGUGACAGAGACGAUGGCGCUACACAACUUCAUACGUGAUUCACAUCAGGAAGAUCAUGAUUUUGUACAAUGGCAAAGUGAUGGAGAAGGAGAAGCAGAAGGAGAAGAACUUGAUAGUGACAGUGAUGAAGAAGAAGGUGAUGAUGAUGGUGGUGGUGGUGGUGGACAUAUUGUAUAUGAGCCGACCGGUGAUAGAGCGAUCGAAGCUUUGCGUAAGAACAUCACAGAUGAAUAUGGUAGAGGUCGUUUACCGUAUUAA